AGAGACGCGCGAGCCUCGGCAGCCCGGAACCGGCCUUGGAGCGUUGGUGGAACCUGAGAACGUUUGCCCUCCCGCCCCAUGGAGCGGCCCCCGGGGCUGCGGCCGGGCGCGGGCGGGCCCUGGGAAAUGCGGGAGCGGCUGGGCACCGGCGGCUUCGGAAACGUCUGCCUGUACCAGCAUCGGGAACUUGAUCUCAAAAUAGCAAUUAAGUCUUGUCGCCUAGAGCUGAGUACCAAAAACAGAGAACGGUGGUGCCAUGAAAUCCAGAUCAUGAAAAAGUUGAACCACUCCAAUGUUGUAAAGGCCUGUGAUGUUCCCGAGGAAUUGAAUUUUUUGAUUAAUGAUGUGCCUCUUCUAGCAAUGGAAUACUGUUCUGGAGGAGAUCUCCGGAAGCUACUCAACAAACCAGAAAAUUGCUGUGGACUUAAAGAAAGCCAGAUACUUUCUUUACUGGGUGAUAUAGGAUCUGGGAUCCGAUAUUUGCAUGAAAACAAAAUUAUACAUCGUGACCUAAAACCAGAAAACAUAGUUCUUCAGGAUGUUGGUGGAAAGAUUAUACAUAAAAUAAUUGAUCUGGGAUAUGCCAAAGAUGUUGAUCAAGGAAGCCUGUGUACAUCUUUUGUGGGAACAUUGCAGUAUCUGGCCCCAGAGCUCUUUGAGAAUAAGCCUUACACAGCCACUGUUGAUUAUUGGAGCUUUGGGACAAUGGUGUUUGAAUGUAUUGCUGGAUAUAGGCCUUUUUUACAUCAUCUCCAGCCAUUUACCUGGCAUGAGAAGAUUAAGAAGAAGGAUCCCAAGUGUAUAUUUGCAUGUGAAGAGAUGACAGGAGAAGUUCGGUUUAGCAGUCAUUUACCUCAACCAAAUAACCUUUGUAGUUUAAUAGUAGAACCAAUGGAAAACUGGCUACAAUUGAUGCUGAAUUGGGAUCCUCAGCAGAGAGGAGGACCUGUUGAUCCUACUUUGAAGCAGCCGAGAUGUUUUGUAUUAAUGGAUCACAUUCUGAAUUUGAAGAUAGUACACAUCCUAAAUAUGACUUCUGCAAAGAUAAUUUCUUUUCUGUUACCACCUGAUGAAAGUCUUCAUUCACUGCAGUCUCGUAUUGAGCGUGAAACUGGAAUAAAUACUGCUACUCAAGAGCUUCUUUCAGAGACGGGAAUUUCUCUUGAUCCUCGGAAACCAGCCUCUCAGUGUGUGCUAGAUGGAGUAAGAGGAUGUGAUAGCUAUAUGGUUUAUUUGUUUGAUAAAAGUAAGACUGUGUAUGAAGGACCAUUUGCUUCCAGAAGUUUAUCUGACUCUGUAAAUUACAUUGUACGGGACAGCAAAAUACAGCUUCCUGUUAUACAGCUGCGUAAAGUGUGGGCUGAAGCAGUGCACUACGUGUCUGGGCUAAAAGAAGACUACAGCAGGCUCUUUCAGGGGCAAAGAGCAGCAAUGUUAAGUCUUCUUAGAUACAAUACUAACUUGACAAAAAUGAAGAAUGCUUUGAUCUCAGCAUCUCAGCAACUGAAGGCUAAACUAGAGUUUUUUCACAAAAGCAUUCAGCUUGACUUGGAAAGAUACAGUGAGCAGAUGACUUAUGGGAUAUCCUCAGAAAAAAUGUUAAAAGCAUGGAAGGAAAUGGAAGAAAAGGCUAUCCACUAUGCUGAGGUAGGUGUCAUUGGAUACCUGGAGGAUCAGAUCAUGUGCCUGCACACUGAAAUCAUGGAACUACAGAAAAGCCCUUAUGGAAGACGUCAGGGAGACUUGAUGGAAUCUCUGGAACAGCGCGCCAUUGAUCUAUAUAAGCAAUUAAAGCACAGACCUUCAGAUCACACCUACAGUGACAGCACGGAGAUGGUGAAGACCAUUGUGCAUACUGUGCAGAGUCAGGACCGGGUUCUGAAGGAGCUGUUUGGUCAUCUGAGCAAGUUGUUGGGCUGUAAGCAGAAGAUUAUUGACCUGCUACCCAAGGUGGAGAUAGCCCUCAGUAACAUCAAAGAAGCUGACAGUACUGUCAUGUUUAUGCAGGGAAAAAGGCAGAAAGAAAUAUGGCAUCUCCUUAAAAUUGCCUGUACACAGAGUUCAGCUCGGUCCCCUCUAGGAUCCAGUCUAGAAGGUGCAGUAACUACCCCUCAGGCAUCUGCAUGGCUGCCCCCGACAUCAGUAGAACGUGAACAUCCUCUGUCAUGCGUGGUAACUCCUCAAGAUGGGCAGACUUUGGCACAAAUGAUAGAAGAAAAUUUGAACUGUCUUGGCCAUUUAAGCACUAUUAUUCAUGAAGUAAAUGAGGAACAGAGCAGUAGGAUGAUGAAUCUUGAUUGGAGUUGGUUAACAGAAUGACUUGCCAGUUAUUCACUGUCCCCAGACCUGUGGACGUUGUUGCCGUACAUUUUUGAAAUCCUUCUCCCAUGAAACCAUUCUUCAGACACCGUUCAUUGGAAGAAAUGGCUGUGAUCAAAAAUUACUCAUGGUUUUACAAAGGCAGUAUUCUGGUUUUGGAUAAUUUUAACCCCUGAACAGAUAGAAUUUUAUGUCUGUGAAAUUGUUUAAAUACUGCAGCUACCUAGGAAUAUCACUGCAAUUUAUUUAACUUUAAAGUUGGUAAAAUAUUACUUAUUCAACUGACUAAAAGUACCUUUUAACAUUCAACUUUUUGGCAUAAGUUAAUAACAUACAGGCCAAAAGUAAUACAUGCAGAGAGGAAAACCUCUACUGACAUGUGUUCCAAGUAAAUGUUGUCUGCCCGUGUUUCUGUGACAGACUGCUCACAAGGAAAAUUGUACUUCUUGAAGAAUAAACCCUACCUCCUUGUGUUGCACUCAACAGUGCUCUUUCUGGCAUCGUAAGGAGUUGGUUCAAUCCCAUUUUCAAUUUUAUUGCACAUUUGAAAGUAUUCCUUUCCUACAGAAGGGACUGCGCAUCUUUGCUUUUAAUACCAGUGGGCUGUCGUGUGCUAUGUGUAUAUCUUAAGUGUCCUAUGUGUAUAUGUAUUUAAGAUGUACAUUUAGUAAUAUCAGAGAGAAGAUGUCUGUUAAUUUAUAAUGUAUUUGAAAGCGUAUAUAUGUCUUUUCAUUUGUAAAAAUGGGUCAUUUGUUUCAGGAAUCAUUCAUGUCUCAUCAUACAAAUACAUAGAGGUCUGCACUCCCUCUCCUGUAAUUCCAAAAUCCAAAAAGCUCUGAAGACAAAGUUUUUCAGAAACUUGGUGACAAAACUCAUCUGCCUGCAAAUUUAAUCUGAACUGACAAUUGAGUCUACUUAUCCCAUUUAGUGUGAAUAUCCAUUUAUUUUGCUGCAGAAAUAUUAACAUGUUUGAUUAUUUGGGGACAGGGAAGGCUACUGCCACAGACCCUGCUAGGUGUUUAUGUAAUACGGUGGUAUAUGCACUGAAUUACCUUUCUAAAAUCUGAAAAUUUCAUAAUUCUGAAACAUCUGGCUCCAACGAUUUCAUGUAAAGGAUGUGGAGCUAUCAAAUGUUAAUUUAGAAGAUACUUGUUUUUAAAAAAAUGUGAAAUGCUUUUGUAUUAUAGACAGUUUUUCAUUUUGUGUAUUAAAUGAUCUUUGAACUAC